AUGUCUUCUUCAUCGAAUCCCGAUUCACUAGACAGCAGUGGCAAAGCAGCACCACCACCUACCAGUUCAUCUAUUAAACCUGAAGAGCCAGGUGAACCACAACAACUAGCUGA